AUGGAUGAUGAUGAUUUUGAUCAGUUCGAUAAGCCUGGUGCAGAACGAUCCUGGAGGAGAAGAGCUGCUAAUGAGGACUGGGAUAGUGAACUUGAAGAUGACUUACUUGGAGAAGAUUUGCUGUCUGGCAAAAAGAAUCAGUCGGAUUUGUCAGAUGAAGAGCUAAAUGAUGAUCUUUUACAGAGUGAUAAUGAAGAUGAAGAAAAUUUCAGUUCUCAGGGUAUCACAAUUAGUCUUAAUACUACAUCUGGCAUGGUACCAUCAUUUGAACUUUCUGACAACACUAAUGACCAAUCUGGAGAACAGGAAUCUGAAUAUGAACAAGGAGAGGAUGAAAUAGUGUAUCACAAAUCUGAUGGCUCUGAAUUGUAUUCUCAAGCAUAUACAGAAGAAGGACAAUAUGAAGGCCACGAUGCGGAAUUGACAGAAGAUCAAAUAGAAUAUGGGGAAGAGCCAGAGGAGGAACAACUUUACAAUGAUGAAGUGUUAGACAUCGAAAUCAAUGAACCAUUAGAUGAAUUUACAGAUGAAGAAUACUUGCAGGCUUAUGGUGGGCAACAAGGGAUGCAAAAGCAGGAAGACUAUGUUGCUGAAGAUAAAUUAGAUGAGAUUACUGAUUCCCAGGUUGCUCCUGAAACUGAAGAGGGAGGGAUGGAAACUUUGGAACUCCAGAAGGACGUAAAAGAAGAAUCAGAUGAAGAAGAUGAUGAAGAUGAAGAAUCGGGGAGAUUACGAUUCAAAACUGAAAGAAAAGAAGGAACAAUUAUUAGGCUUUCAGAUGUAACUAGAGAGAGAAGAAACAUUCCAGAAACUUUGGAACUUUCAGCUGAAGCCAAAGCUGCGUUGCUUGAAUUUGAAGAACGAGAGCGACAGCAUAAGCAGGGCCGCUACGGUUCAAGGCGGGGAGGAAGGAGAGGAGGUUCUUUAAUGUGUCGUGGAAUGGGAGACCAGAGAAGAGACAACAGUGAGAGGGGAAGAAUAAAAGACCAUAGACCUGCCCUGCUACCUACACAGCCUCCUGUAGUGACUCAUUCUCCAAGAUUAAUUCCACCUCCACAGCCACAACCUCCACCUCCACCACCACCACCACCUCCUCAGCAGCAACCAAUUAGAAGUCUGUUCCAGCAACAGCAGCUACAGCCUCUGCUUCCCUUACAGCAUCCUCAUCACCCCUCUCCUCCUCAAGGAAUGCAUAUGCCUCCCCAAAUAGAAACCCCUAGAAUAAUGAUGACCCCGCCUCCAGUGACUCCACAGCAGCCCAAGAAUAUACACAUAAAUCCACAUUUCAAAGGAACUGUAGUAACUCCUGUCCAAGUUCCCUUGCUACCAGUUCCAAGCCAGCCCAGACCUGCUGUAGGACCCCAGAGAUUCCCAGGCCCUCCAGAAUUUCCACAGCAUACACCUGGGCCUGUUCCUAAUAAUUUUAGCCAGCCCCCACGACUUCCUCUUCAGGACCAAUGGAGAGCCCCACCACCUCCUCAGGAACGAGAACCUUUCUUUUUAGGAGUUUCAGGUGAACCAAGGUUCCCAAGUCAUCUUUUUCUGGAGCAACGAAGUCCACCUCCGCCACCACCUCCUCCAACACUUCUUAACAGUAGUCAUCCUGUUCCUACUCAGAGUUCUUUACCAUUCACUCAGCCUGGACCAGCAUUUAAUCAACAAGGACAGCAACCAGGAUUUCCAAGAGAAAGGCCAGUAAGACCAAACCUUCAGCCUCCAGGCCCUGUGGGGAUUCUUCACUUUAACCAGCCUGGAUCAGCAGGUGCCCGGCCAUAUAUUCCUCCUAGACAGCCAUUCUUGCCUGGCCCCGGACAGCCGUUUCUACCAACACAUGCACAGCCUAAUCUGCAGGGGCCAUUGCAUCCUCCAUUGCCACCUCCACAUCAGCCUCAGCCCCAACAGCAACAACCUCAGCAGCCCCAACAUCAACCACAGCAUCAUCAGCACCAGCCCCAGCACCAGCCCCCGCUUCAGCCCCAACACCAACCACCACAUCAGCCUCCACAUCAACCUCCUCCCCAGCAUCAACCUCCUCACCAACCACAGCACCAGCCUCCACAUCAGCCCCAGCAGCAUCAGCAUCAUCACCACCUUUCUGUUCCUCCUCCACCUCUGAUGCCCAUGUCUCAGCCACAGUUUAGGCCUCAUAUGCAGACUACUCAGCCUCAGCCAAAUAACAGUAGAAUGCAGUGCCCCCAGCGCCAGGGUCUAAGGCAUAACACAACUUCACAGAAUGUAAGCAAACGGCCAAUUCAACAAAUGCAGCCAACUGCUCCAAGGAAUAGUAAUUUGCGUGAAUUACCAAUAGCUCCAUCCCAUAUCAUAGAAAUGAGUAACAAUCGUUGCUCCUCCACACCUGCAGCUCAAGUAAAACCUAUUAUAAGCACAUCAGCACCCACGAGGUCUGUGAUGGCUUCCAGGAACGUGCAGGGAAAGACCGAAGUGAAAGUCAAGCCCAUUAGCCCAUUGGUUCAAACUAAAGAAGAAGCAAAAACGGAACCAGAGUUUCCAGAUGAAGAUGAAGAAACAAGGCUAUAUCGUUUAAAGAUAGAAGAACAAAAGCGCCUAAGAGAAGAAAUUCUGAAACAAAAGGAGUUACGCCGACAACAGCAGGCCGGUGCUCGAAAGAAGGAGCUUCUUGAAAGACUUGCUCAGCAGCAGCAGCAGCAGCAGCAACAGCAGCCGCUCUAUACCCUCCAGUUCCCAGGAGAGCAAGAAGAACGGACAGCAUCACCUUUACCCACCAAUGGCAACCCAUUGUUGCCCUUUCCAGGUGCACAGGUCAGACAAAAUGUGAAAAACAGACUUCUUGUUAAAAACCAAGAUGUCACAGUUUCAAGUGUUCAGCCCAAAAUAUCAAGUUUUGUACCACCUGGUGCUAAUAUGCAGUAUCAAGGACAACAGCUGAAACCACUGAAACAUUUGAGACAGGCCAGAACAGUUCCUCAGAGUCAAACUCCACCAUCUCUCAAGGUACUGCAAACAAAACCUGCUGAACUAGAGGAAUUGCCCCCUUCACCACAGACUGCCAGAGUGGCUUCCGUCCAAGGCCGGCCCCAGGAAGUAAAACCUGGAGUAAAAAGGACGGUCAUGCAGCGGGCAAACACUGGGAGUGGAGACGGGCCGCACGUCAGCUCCAAAGUCAGGGUGAUUAAGUUUUCAAGCGGGCAGGAAGGAGAGAGUGAUGGCUUUUUCCACCCAGAAGGCCAACCUCAGCGGCUUCCACAGCCCAUGGAAGGCAGGCAGCAGCCUGCCCGGAAGGUCACGCUGACUAAGGGGACCCUGCAGCAGCCACAGCACUUGCCAGUGGCUGCCCACAUGCACCCAGCUAUUCCUCCAGGGAUCAAAAAUAUCCAAGGAAUUCACCCAAGCAAAAAGGUCAUAAUGUUUGGGCGAGGCAGAGGAAUAGCAGGUCAGAUGGGUCGGGGCCGUCUCAUGCCCAACAAGCCGAAUUUGCGAGUGGUGGAGUGCAAGCCGCAACCCUGUGUUGUAUCGGUGGAAGGGCUUUCUUCAUCAACUACCGACAUCCAGCUGAAAAACCUGCUCAUGUCUGUAGGACCCAUUCAGAGUUUACAGAUGCUUCCCCAGCAACGGAAAGCCAUAGCAAAGUUUAAGGAACCAGCACAUGCAUUAGCAUUUCAACAGAAAUUCCACAGGCAUAUGAUAGAUUUAUCCCACAUAAGUGUGGCCCUAAUUGUUGAGUGA